GGUUCUGCAGCUGCUGCCCGGACUGCGGUAUAGUUUGCAGAGCAUGCAGAGCUCCCCGCUGAGCAGUCCACUCUGCAUCUCCAUAUCCCCAACCUUCAGCUGGGAAAUUCAGUCAUCCUGAUCCCUCUGUGUGUAGUAGUGUAACAUGAUAAAGCUGGGCGCGCAGCGGAGCGACAGUAACCCAUUCCUACCAGGGAUUCAGCUCCUCUCCAUUAUUCAUCAUGGGCAGUUGCUGCACAAUAGGCACAAGCACACAGGAGUAACCGAUAAACUAUCCUUCCUGCAACGACCGAGAUAUUCCGGAUCAGAUAGCUUCCUGUGUUUUUAUUGGUCGGCUUGGCUGUGUCAGGAAUAGCAGCAGCCGGAGAUGGGUGUCAUUUCCCUUGGGAUGUAUUGAGAUUGGUGCGUGGGUGAUACGCCACUGCUGGACGUUAAUAUGACGGGCUCUAGCUCCACUUUCCACCGUGCCCACAGCAAGCACUGCCACUCACCCCAUCAGAAUGGCGGGCCAAAGACCACUAAACCGUCUCGCUCCCGGAGCCUGCAUGAUCGCCCAUUGGCAUCUUCGCUUACGGCAGCUCCCGCUAGCGCCUCUGGAAACAGCUCUGGUGGGUACUCAGAAGAGGAGGACAAAGAGCCCGGGGCUCAUUUUUAUGUCAACAAAAGUGGCUUCCCUAUAGACAGUCAGACUUGGGAGAGGAUGUGGGGGCAUGUGGCAAAGAUUCACCCUGAAGGCAAAGACAUGGUGGACAAAAUCCGUAAUGCGACUCUGCUUGCCAAGCCCUCCAUUCCAGCGGUGCCAACCUACAAGGCUUCUAUGUCCAUCCCGGAGUGGCUUCAGGCAGUGCAACGCUACAUGAAACUGCUGCAAUACAAUCACACAGGGACCCAGUUCUUUGAAAUAAGGAAGACGAGGCCUCUGAGUGGGUUAAUGGAGACAGCAAAAGAGAUGACCAGGGAGUCUUUGCCCAUCAAAUGCCUGGAAGCUGUGAUCCUCGGAAUAUACCUAACAAACGGGCAGCCGUCGGUGGAAAGAUUUCCCAUCAGCUUUAAAACCCAGUUCUCAGGGAGCUUUUUUCAUCACGUCGUGCUUGGCAUUCACUGCAAUGGACACUAUGGAACUCUGGGAAUGAGCAGGAGGUCCGAUCUGAUGGACAAGCCCCUGACCUUUCGGACUCUCAGCGAACUCAUCUUUGACUUUGAAGAGUCCUACAAAAACUAUUUGCACACUGUGAAGAAGGUUAAAAUUGGCUUGUACGUCCCCCACGACCCCCACACCUUCCAGCCUAUCGAGUGGAAGCACCUGGUCAUUAAUAUGGGAAAGAUGAUGAAGGCGGACAUUAAGAAGGUUCUGGAGAAGCAUGCCAGAGACAUGAGGAUGAAGAUCCUGAAGUCUUCGAGUGCCCAAUCACCUGUGAAAGAACGGAGGGGGAAAUCUGUGUCUCCUCCCAGGAUGCGCCCCAACCCUCAGAGGCGCGUCUGCCGGAGAGAUAAAUCGCCGGCCCCGAUGGACAGGAAACCAGCAGAACUUAGCACCCUGAACGACGUUGGCUAUCAGAUCCGGAUUUAAUAGCGCCGGAUGGAUUGCACUUUACCCUCCCCCUACUCCCCCACCUGUUCUUUUGUAAGGAUUUGUGACUAUUUAUUAUUAUAAGCUUUUUAUUUAUGCUCUCACUGAGGACUUUUUACACUUUUUAAUACUGAGCUUAAUGUCUUUGAAAAGAAUUCUGUCUCCUUCAACCCUGCCGCUUAGCGUCGUGCGUCUGUGUCCCAAGGAGUUAAAAAUUCCGCCAACUCCCCCCUGAGCUUUGUUCCAGGCCAAAGGAAUGAAGGAAGGCCGGGCAAGU